CCACACCCUGACAGAGGCUUAAAGCAGAAAGGAUCGGGCUGCCGGGAGCACCACAACCCUUCAGUGUCUACCAGUGGAAAGAACAGGGAAGGGCCAUGAAGCUGGGGCUGCUCAUCCCCUGCCUGGCCGCCCUGCUGCGCGGAGCCAGCCCCUUACGGAUCUGUGCCUUCAACAUCCAGACUUUUGGAGACAACAAAGCAGACAACCAGGAUGUCGCAGCAGUGAUUGUGAAGAUCCUGGCCCGCUAUGACAUCGCCCUGGUGCAAGAGGUGCGUGACUCCGAUCUCAGCGCUGUCACUACCUUGAUGGAGCAACUCAACAGGGCCUCCAAGCAUGCCUACGAUUACGUCAUCAGUGAGCCGCUGGGUCGGGAGUCAUACAAGGAGAUGUACCUCUUUGUCUACAGAACCAAGAGCGUCUCUCCCGCGGCCCAGUACCAGUAUCCCGACAGCAACGGCGCCUUCAGCCGAGCCCCGUUCAUUGUGAAGUUCUCGGUGCCCGACUUGGGGAAGGAGCCGCUGAUUCUGGUGCCCCUGCACACCCCGCCGAGCAACGCCGUGGCUGAAAUAGAUGCCCUCUACGAUGUUUACCUGCAGGUCAUUGACAAGUGGGGGACGGAUAACAUGAUGUUUCUGGGAGACUUCAAUGCCGACUGCAGCUACGUGGGGAAAAAAGACUGGGCCUCCAUCCGGCUGCGCACCAGCGAUGUCUUCAAGUGGCUCAUCUCGGACUCUGCCGACACCACCGUGGGCAACUCGGACUGUGCCUACGACAGGAUUGUGGUGAGCGGCUCAAAGCUGAGGAAGUUAAUCAACCCCAAGUCUGCCAAGGUGUUCGACUUCCAGGCUGCCUUGAAGCUAAGCCAAGAAGAGGCUCUGGCUGUCAGCGACCAUUUCCCAGUGGAGGUGACGCUGGACUUGCAGUGACGAGGUCUUUGCUGCCUCAUGCCGAGGGAGGCCGAAGGGUUGCUGCCGCUGCCUCCUUUAUCGCCAGUGAUUCCACUUCGCUGCUGCUUCCAACCUCUUGGGAACAAGUUCCAGCUUCACUUCUGCAGAAGUGAACCCAAAAGUUCUGGGGCAGCGUGGUGGGCAGCCAAUUUAUCCUGCUCACAAACUCUGAAGUCCGACCCUCCCACCGUACUGCAAAUGCAGGGCGUGUAUUUCUCGAAGCAGGAAUGCGUUUUAUCCCAUGGUGCAAAGCUACUCAUUGAAGUCAGGAAGCUUCCUUAUGCUAAGUCAAGACCCUUAGAAUCACAGAAUCAUAGAGUUGGAAGAGACCCCGGGGGCCAUCAAGUCCAGCUCCCUGCAAUGCAGGAACACACAAUCAAAGCACUUCCGACAGAUGGCCAUCCAGCCUCUCUUUAAAAACCUCCAAAGAAGGAGACUCCACUUGGAUUUGCUGUAAGGAUUGGUCCAAUCACCAACAGGAUGGUUUUCAUCAAGGGGGAGGUAGGCAGGGUCCCCAUAGACUGUGGCUGAGCUGCUGGACACCAAAUUCUUGACCACAUGAGCUUUCAUGGUCUCCAGUAAGUGGAUGGUCCCAGUGAGGUUCCCCUUGUGGUACUCUAGCGGCUUCUGGACUGACUCUCUGAAUGCUUUGAGGCCUGCGAAAUGCAUUACCGCUGAGAAACGAUGCUUCUUGAAGAGCUCCUGCAGGCCAGCUUCAUUGAGAACAUCCAGUUCCUGGAAAAGGAUCUCCUCCCCCAUAAUUUCCUGUACCCGCUUAAUGCUCUCAGGCAAGGCGUUGUCCCCUUGGAUGGCAUCAUGGAAAUGAUCGAUGACCACAGCCCGCUUCAACCAGCUCCAACAGGCAAUGACUCCCUAUGUAGCCAGCUCCACCUGUCAAUAGGAUCUUCUCCGACAUUCUUACCGACUGCAAACUCUGACGGACCCUCAGUCUAUCAGAAUUGCCAACUCAGACUGGCAGCAACUCUCCAGCGUCUCGGGCAGAGAAAGACCUUCCCACCACCUCCUGCCUGGUCCGUCUUAGCUGAAGACGCUGCCUGGGAUUGAAUCCCAUGUGCCACGCGGAGGCUCUUCCACCGACCCACGGCCCUUCCCCUUUGGGCUUUAUCUAGAUCAAAAAAUCACAUCAUGUUGACAUUCAAUUCUCAACUCACUCUAUGGCUUUUGACAGCCAUUCUUUCAUUCUGCAAAUAUAUAAUUUGGAUGGAAGAUAAGACGACACCCUGUUUACAUUUGCCAGCACCAACCUUUGAAGAAAGUUUGGCUGUUGGCAACUCAGAUUUUUUAAUUCCCUUAAGUAUUUUCAUUGCGAACAUGAAGGAAGAAAGGCAAGUGUUUCGAGGAAGACUAAGCCCGCCACCUCUCUGGCAGGCAGUCAUCGGAUGCGGUAUUCCAAGCUACCUCUCUGCCUGUUGGGAGUUUUUUAAAAGCUGCUUUAUUGCUUUAAUCAGAAUUCAUGAUGAAGCUGGGAUCUGGGCAUUGAAGAGCAGCCUUCUCAGUUGGGGCCCCCCGCCCCCCAACUCCUGGUGACUGAUAUGCUACAGCUUGUGCCAGGGAAGCCCCAACCUGGAUGGGUCAGGCUCUUCAGAUCUCAAAAUUAGUAUUUGGGAGACUCUGAAGGAAGUCCUGCUACGUAGAGGCAGGCAGCGGCAACCAUAGCAGAACGUCUGUUGCCUGAAAACCCCAUGGGGUCGCCAUAGGUCAGCUGUGACUUGAUCAGAGUUUCUACCAAUGCCAAGACAAGAGAAUCCACAAUUUGGCAGGGAGAUCCAGAUUGUUUGCAUGUGGCUGUUGUUGGGUUUCCAGGCAAUGCAGCUGUGAUCGGGCAGUUUUAGCUCCUAACGUUUCGCGUGUUAUGGAAGUACAUCUUACUGUGACAUGACUCUGAAAACAUCAGCAAAACAUUAGAAGCUAAAGCUACCAAACCAUGGCCGCAUCAUCCGGAAAACCAGCAACAGCCAGUUGAUUCCAACCGUGAAAGUUUUCAACAGGACAUAAUUUACAUGGCUUGUGAACUUGGGAUUGUAGAACCGUAUCAUUAAAAAUAAAAGAUGCCUUGCUGUGAUUUUAUCCAAAAGAAGCCAGAGGGAGGGGCGACUACUGUAUUUCCUUUAUCAAUAGCGUUAAGUUCCAACAGUUCCCAAGUAUAACAUUGGAUUCCUCGCCUAAUUCCAAAUCCAUUUUGUUCCAGUGUAACUUCAGCUGACUUACUUUCGAGUAACUGCACAUAACGAAAUGCUCUUCAGCUGACUGCUAACACAACCACUGUCUAAUAAAAACCUUCAUGGCCUUACAGUCAAUUGCUGCCAUUCCAGAAUGCUUGUCCUGUUCCUUAAACAGCUGGCCAGAGUUUGGCAUCCCACCAGAAAUAAUUCCGGCCUGUCUGGAGGUCCCAUCUGCUCCUUCUUCCUCUUUUCCCCCCGAUAUUCCACCCUGUCGCAGUUCAAGCUAGCUGUCAUGCCCCAGAGACACCCUCACUAUUUUCCUUAUUUAAACCUCAGUUGUACCCUUAGAAUGGGUUUAGUUGUUUUUUGUACAGUUUUCUGGGGGGGGGGGACCU